AUGAUGAGCAAUGUUGCAUUUGUGCUUAACAUCAUUGCAUUAAUUAUUGAUCUAUGUACCUGUGUGAUUAUAUUAUUCAUUUUGUGUAUCGCCAUUUACCAUAUUGUUUGUAAAAAUCUCAAACAAGAAGAUCGAGUGGUUAUUUGCGUUUGUUUAACAAUCUAUCCUGUGAUUUUUCUUUUUACCAUAAUCGCAGUUUCAUUUCACAUUCAAACACUUCUCGGUGAUCUAUACGAGAAAACGUUCAAUUCAGCAUCAUGUACUCCUAUUGGAUACAUAUCUUAUGUUUUUCUCAACAUGUUUUACUGGGCUUUUAUCAAUCAAGCUCUAUUCCGUCUCUGUCGAAUCGUCUAUUCAAGAUACCAAUAUCUUCAAUCUUUCUGGUUUUACAUAUGUUUAUCUCUAAUUGAACUAGUUUUCAGUUUCAUUGUUUUAUCUCCACUUCUGUUCUGGCAUGCCAUUGUUUAUCUAACAGACGAUUUCUAUUGUUAUGUGAAGUUCACACACACUCGAGGCAUACUCUGGCUUGCAUUCGGUAUUUACGGAAUUCCACUUUCGAUAUUAUCAUUGAUCUAUUUGCGUAUUGCCAUCUUUCUUCGUCGACAACCAGGAAAUUUAGCAACAGCCGUUCGACAAAGGCAACAACGAGAUUUAGCCGUUUUCCAACGUAUUCUCGUAACUAUUGGUAUUCUAGUCAUUCUUGGAAUUGCACCAAUCAUCUUCUUAAUAAUGGCACAGAUAACCGGUGAAGACUAUUUCCUCGCUUUUCGACUUAUCUGGCCUUUUAUUAGUUUGACGAUGAUUGGAUCAAGUUUAGCAUUGCUUCUAUUUACACCACAAUUGAAACAUAUGAUUUUAAAAAUAGCCUAUCAAACUCAAAUUGUACCUUUUGACAGUGCUGCAGGGAACUCAAUCGAACAGCAACGCGCUACGACAAGAGUAUGA